CUUUGCACACAAAAUUUGACAAACAUGCGUCACAAAAUAAAUUCCACACAGCAAUUAAAAGAAGAAGAAGAAGACGAAACAAAAACAAAAACAUGCCAAAACUGUCAGGGUCACUUCCGGAAAAAAUCACAAAGAGACUAACGUGCCAACACAAAGAGGAGCGAAAAAGCCCAAAUUUUCCUCCAAAUCCAAUUAAUUCAGAAGGACGAAGAAGUCAAAAAUUUUAUUGUCCUUCAACCCGGACACAUACAUCCACUCCACACAAUCAUUACAGGUGACGAGACAACACAGCUCACACACCAUUCACACAACAUAGAAUCAACAUCCACACAAUCAUUACAGGUGACACACAGCGCACACAACAGUCACACAACAGUCACACAACAGUCACACAACAUAGAUUCAAACUCCAUUCCACACACUCAUUACAGGUGACGAGACAACACAGCUCACACACCAUUCACACAACAUAGAAUCAACAUCCACACAAUCAUUACAGGUGAGUGUAUAUUACACAUUUACCUUAACAUUUUAUGGUCCUCCGAGACCUUGGUCAACCAAUUUGAGUUGACUCGGAAGCAGCGCUAAAUGAUUACAGUCCUCGUUUAGAAAUUGCUCUGCCAAAUAUUUAUAAUAUCCCCCGAGUUCCCAGUUUUUUGCAAAGUAAGGGCAUAAUUCAUUCGACAUGCCUUUAGUGGAGAAGAGAAUCACCCUUAAAGGGCACCUCACAAGAAUCGAAGCAUAUGUGGAAAGGGUCACUACUGAGCAACAGGUGGUCACAGAGGUGGAUGUACAGGGGAAUCUUACCAAGCUUAAAGACAUUGAAGUACAGUUGCAGGUGGUGCAUGAGUCGUUAGUUGCAAGCAAGACAGCUAAGGAAAAUGAAGCAGAAGAGCACGCUCUUUUGCAGGCUAGAAUAGAGCGACUUACAUCUCAGCUGUUGCAAUUAUUGAGUCAAUGCGAAGACCCGGAGGAAGAUGAAGCUAAACAGGAGGGUCCACCGGUGACUAUCCAUGAACCACAACAAGGGCCCUCAGCAUUUCAUUCUAUUCCUGAAUCCCUUACGAAUAAACCCCUCUUUUCCACUUCGGACAAUGUUCCUUGGGAGCCCCAUGCGGGACCCUCCCGACUACAUACCCCAAUACCUCAAACCAUGCAACCGAACCUUAUUUCGCUGGGAGAAGUGCUCAAUCGUCUCGUUGAGUUUCAAGCGGGAGCGGAAAUGAGGAACACAAGACUCCUGGACAAAAUUGGAGAGGCACUUCUUAGUGGAACUCAAAAUCAUAACCACGCACUCCCAAGACUACCAACCCUUUCCCUUCCUGAGUUUUCUGGUGAAUAUACUGCAUGGCAGCAUUUCAAGGACAUGUUCACCACCAUGGUAGACAGAGACAGUAGACUAAGUCACGUCCAAAAAAUGCAAUACCUUAUGAUGUCGGUGAAGGGAACUGCCAAGCGACUGAUUGAGGAUUUGGCGGUGUCAGCAGACAAUUAUGCCGUUGCUUGGAACGUGCUUUUGUCACACUAUGAAGACCAGGCUGCCGUUGUUCACCACCAUGUCCAGAAGUUCUGCAAGAUGGCAACGGUUACCAAUCCAACCCCGGCAAGCUUCAUGGAACUUUAUACCACAGCAAAUUCAGUGCUGAACUCACUGGAUGCCAUGAGCGUGUCUAGCAGAGAUCCAUGGGUCAUCUAUUUGUUGCUUAACAAACUUGAUCAGGAGACGAAAGUCUUAUGGUCUCGCGAGAUAACCAGCAACUCUCCUACCAUUCCAGAAUUCAUGCAAUUCUUAAAAAACCGCAUGAAAUCCAUUGAACGAUGUCACCCAAUAGUGUCCAAGGGAACCUCAGCUCCAACUAGACCGAGUUCAACAGUACCAUUUGGCACCAGGGGGUCCAACAGCACAGUCAUGGCAUCCACAUCCGCCAAUUCCACCGCUCGAUGUCAUGCAUGCAACCAAACAGACCACAAGAUUUUUAGAUGUCCCAUAUUUACAACAAUGGCUCCCAACGACCGCCUAGAAUUGAUUCGCAGCAAUAAACUCUGCCGCAAAUGUCUCACAGAUACUCAUCAGACCAAGGAAUGUACAUUUUUCGCAUGCAGGAAGUGUGCAGGACCUCAUAGUACGCUUCUUCAUGACGCAUUUGUGCUCGCUACUCCUCAACCAACAUUGAACACCGCAGCCGUAGCCACAGUUGAUCAAGUCGCCGAAGAUGACGACACACAAUCCCAGGGAUCUCAAACGCAUGAGAAUGUGGAGCAAUCAGCGGUGCUCGUUGGUUCGUCCACCUCCUCUAAGUCGGCCAGAAGAGUCUUCCUGGAGACGGCUGUAGUCAGAAUCCUCGAUAAACAUGGGAACCUGGUUCAGUGUAGAGCAUUACUGGACUCGGGUGCACAGGCAAACCUUUUGUCGCAAUCCUUUGCACAAAGACUGAAGCUGCCCUUCUCAGGCUCAGACACGGUGAUCGGUAGUGCAGGCGCAGGAACAACCCAAUCAAAAUAUGAAAUGAAAUGUGUGGUGAAGCCGCGAACCAAUCAGGAAGUUAGCUUCACACUGAUGUGUCAGAUUGUCCCAUCCAUCCUACAACAGAAGCUUCCUAAUUGGGAGGUUAACACCCAAGACAUUCCAAUCCCAGACGAACUGAUCCUGGCCGAUCCCGCAUGGCAUGUGCCACAGGGGAUUGACUUACUAAUAGGAAAUGAAUUCUACAAUGAUAUAUUAACCCACAAUAUAAUCCGUUUGGGCACCGGACUUCCGAUCAUGAAGGAAACCCAAUUUGGAUGGGUAAUUUCAGGAGCCCAUCGGAAUCAAAUGCCAGCUCAACAAACUGUAUGCAUGGCUGCCACUGUUUCAACACCACGGGAGGUUCUAUAUGCAGGUUCUCCAACGGUACCUCGUCAGUCUCCCAGUCAAAACCAGCGCCAUCCAGUAAACCCCAGACGUCAAUCACAAGACCUGAAAGAUGAGAUUUCUCCACGUCUCCACGGGAAAGUGACCCCAAGGGUCAGAUCCAAUCUAAACAUUUCACAUCACCAAGUUAUUAGGAACCCACCUGCAGAAUACAAGACAAGGACGAUAGUCAACACCAACUGGAAGUCACAUGGCGCUCUCUCGUUCAAGCUGAGAAGCGCAAGGCACAGAUUGUUAGCAUUUGGAGAUAUCAGCAUUGUGCGUGGUGACGCAAACUAUCAAGCAAUCAGCAGCGCAAGAUGGAACCAGAAAGAUGCACAAGCUCUGGGAGCUCGUUGGCAGGAAGAUAACUCCCCAUCAUCAGUCAUGAUGGUUGAGGGACUAUCGCCCUCAGCAUAGGCCCCCCCAGCAUGUUAACGCACUUUGCACACAAAAUUUGACAAACAUGCGUCACAAAAUAAAUUCCACACAGCAAUUAAAAGAAGAAGAAGAAGACGAAACAAAAACAAAAACAUGCCAAAACUGUCAGGGUCACUUCCGGAAAAAAUCACAAAGAGA